CUGUGAAUCGGGCCUUCGGAGUGACGUAUUAGAAAUCUUUCUCCACGUCUUAGACGAAGCUUAUAAAGUUGUCAACAUCACUACGGCGUCAUUGAGCUUGGUUUUGGGAUAAAUAGCUGUUCACCUGUCUGGAAAAGUUCGGAAAACCCUUCGACUCUUCACACGCCUUCAUAGCCUCGAAAUUCCAUAUCAAAAUACCAAGCCAAAUACGAAAAGAACACCAAGACUCAACAUCAUCAAAAUGUCUGCUCCCAAGGUCCUCGUCGUCCUCACCUCUCACGACAAGCUCGGUAACACUGGCAAGCCUACUGGCUGGUACUUGUCUGAAUUCUCCCACCCCUACGACGUCCUCAACUCCGCCUCCGUCUCCCUGACCGUCGCCUCCCCUCGCGGCGGUCUCGCCCCUGUCGACCCCUCCUCCAUCGAGGCCGCCAAGGACGACCAAGUCAGCCAGAACUUCAUCAAGUCGGAAACCACCAAGCCCCUUUUCGAACAAACCCGCCCCCUCUCCGAGUUUGUCGGUAACCCCUCCGCCAUCGCCCCCUAUUCAGCCAUCUUCUUCCCUGGUGGCCACGGCCCCAUGUACGACUUGGCCACCUCCUCCGAAUCUCAGCAACUCAUUCGCGAGUUUUGGGAUGCGGGCAAGACAGUGGCUGCUGUGUGCCACGGUCCGGCGGCGCUGGUGAAUGUGAAGCUCAGCGACGGUAGCCACUUGCUGAAGGGUAGGAAGGUGACGGGUUUCACGAAUGACGAGGAGGAUCAGGUUGGACUGACCAAGGUGAUGCCUUUCCUGUUGGAGGACAAGUUGAAGGAGGCGGUCGGGACCGAGGGAGCGUUUGAGAAGGCAGAACAGCCGUGGGCCGAAAAGGUGGUUGUUGAUGCGGGCGGAAGGUUGAUCACGGGCCAGAACCCUGCUUCUGCUAAGGGAGUUGGUGAGGCUAUUGUGAAGUCCAUUAAGGCUCAGAACUAAUUUUAACACUCUGGGAGAGUAAUGGUCUGAUCUGUUUUUGAGGCUGGGAUGAAUAGCUGGAUACCCACGACUAGUUACGAAUACCUCUGAAUGGAAUUGAGUCAACUUUGUUGUUACAUCUUGAAUGGAAUAUAAAUACAUGAGUACAAACAGAGCUGUGGUAUCUUUCAACUCUGGAUCAAUAAUUGCAGAUUAAAGAAGGUCAAACAACUAAACGCCG